GAUCAUUUCAGGGUUUGAUUCCAAAAACUAACGUUCUUAACGCCCUGAUAUAUUGUAUCUGACUUUUCCAUUUGACUCUUUCAGGUUAUUUUAUCCAUAAUUCAUGCAUCGAGAUCACUGAGACAAGGAAAUCAGAUUAGUAUUAACCAAAAGCUACCUUUUACCAUUGUAUGUGACGAUACCCAAUUGGCUCUUCAAAUGUAUUUGAAAGAGGUACAGCAGUUCAUCAAGGCCUCGAAGAUAGAAAUUCUCAGAACGGAGUCGGUACCAGCCACAACCCAGUGGACAUCAAAAGUUAUUAAUGAUCAACUAAAAAUUCUCGUACCAUCAAAUGUGGUUGUUCGUGCACAGAUCGAAAAUGCUGCGGCAAGAGGCAGUGACCUGACUGCUGUUGUUAAAAAAAAGGAGACCCAACUUAGCAAGAAACUAUUGAAAAUCAAAUCGGAUAUCGAGAAACUAAAAAAUAAAAUGAGCCAAGAAAACUAUCAAGACACAGUGCCGAUUAAUAUUAAAGAAAAGAACAGUCUCCGCUUAUCACAACUUUCAGUUGAGCAAAAAAGGACUUGUAAAUGUAUCAUGUGUGAACAUAAAUUUCCUUUUGUUCUGCCCUAUUUGCGCGAUCGAGAGCUAGAAGUAUGGACAUUUUGAGUCAUUUUUACAAGCUGGGAGGUGGCGAGAACUGGAGAAAAGUGCCGAAAACAAUCGAGGAGUUCCAAUCUUGAGCGUGAAAGUGAAGCAAAACCUUUGUUGUGGGGUUACAAGUAUAUCACAUUCUCGUGAUUGGCUUCAUCCCACCGGUCAAUAUAUUCGGCCGAGCUCAUACUUCUAUUUUAUCUUGUCCUACCC